GAUAUAUUUGACAGUGACUGGUACGCCUCUCGCAGUCUCAUUGGAGGAGCUGAUAUUAUUGUGAUUAAAUACUCUGUCAACGACAAGACUUCAUUUCAAGAACUAAAGGACAGUUAUGUCCCAAUGAUAAAAAAAGCAUUAAACCACUGCUCAGUUCCAGUAAUAAUUUCUGCUAUCGGUGCAAGAAAAAACGGAGUGCCUUGCACCUGCCCCCUGUGCACUUCAGACAGGAGGAGCUGUGUCACCACCUCCGAGGGAGUUCAGCUGGCCAAGGAACUGGGAGCCACUUACCUCGAGCUGCACACCCUUAAUGAGUUCUACAUACAGAAGUACUUUGGAGGAGUGCUGGAGUAUUUUAUGAUCCAAAGUUUGAAUCAGAAGUCAUCCGAAAAAAUGAAGAAAAGGAAAAAGAUGCAGAAGUGCCAUCGAGUGCAACCACCUCAGCUCGAACAGCCAGAAAAAAUGCCGAUCUUAAAGGGUGAAGCCUCACACUACGACGCGGACCUGCACAACCUGCUCUGCUGCUGCCAGUGCGCGGACGUAGCGUUUUACCCCGAAGACUUCAGCACCAUGGUGGAAGCUCACAAGAUCAUCCUCUGCUCUGUCAGCCACCUCUUCAUGCUGCUUUUCGAGGUGAAGAGCCCCGCCGACAUCCGCGAUGCCUCCAUCGUGCGGACGGCGCAGAGUCUCUUCACGGUGGAGACGGGGGCCGCCUUCCCCCCGGUCCCCCGCGGCGUCCCACCCUGCGUCUCGCCGGUGAGGGUGGUGGUGAAGGACCCCGUCUUCUGCUCUUGUCUUCCAGACAUCCUCCACUUCAUUUAUUCAGGUGCUUUCCAGUGGGAACGAUUAGAAGAGGAUAUAAAAAAGAAGUUGAAGGAUCCAGAAAAAACUGAACAUGUGCUUGAGAAAGUUAAAUGUAUCCUGAAAACGCCAGGGAAG